GUUAAACCCUAGUUUGUCUCUCUUCUUCCCUAAACCUCAGAGUCAGAGGCUGUAGAGGGGUAGCCGGAGGUCUCACAGCAAUGGCGGCAUUUGACCAUGUUCAAAAUAUGUAUGACGUCGCUUUAAAACCUAGACUUCUUCGUUCGUUUAUCAAAGAACUUAUCCCCGACGAGAAACAACAGUUGGGAAAUCCAUUAGAGCUCUCACAAGUUGUCUCCGCUAUCAAAACUCACGGCCUGCUGUCCGAGCGCGUUGCGCAAACUGAUGAUAACAAGAAAUUGAUUGAAAAAUGGAAAUCCGCCGUUGAUUUGUGGGUUGAUCGCUUGCUAAUGCUAGUCUCUAGCAACAUGCCAGAUAAAUGUUGGGCUGGAAUAUGUUUGUUAGGGGUGACUUUUGAAGAAUGCAGUUCUGAACGAUUCCUCGCAUCUUACUCUGUUUGGUUUCAAAAGUUGCUUUCACAUCUUCAGCCUCCUGCAGAAUCUCACUUUGUGAAGGUUUCUUGUUGUGUCUCACUAUCGGAUCUUCUUACAAGAUUGGGUGGGUUUCCAAAUAUGAAGAAAGAUGGAACUUCACAUGCUGCAAAACUUGUUCAGCCAGUUCUAAAGCUGAUACAGGAGGAUAGCUCAGAUGCUGAAGGUGCUGUUCGUCUGUUAUGCACCAUUUUGAAUUUCUUCCCAUCUUCUCUCCAAAAGAAUUAUGAUUCUGCUGAAGCAGCUAUUGUCACAAAGCUUAUCUAUGGGAAAUGCAAUCCUAAUAUGCUGAAGAAACUUGCUCUUUGCUUGUCUUUACUUCCCAAAUCAAAAGGCGAUGAAGAUACCUGGUCUUUAAUGAUUCAGAAGAUCUUACUAGCUAUAAACAUCCUUCUGAAUGAUUCAUUUCAAGGCUUAGAAGAAGAAAGUAAAACAAGUGAAACCAUGCGAGCGUUAGUCCCUCCAGGAAAAGACCCUCCUGCCCCUCUUGGAGGCCUCACAGUAUUUGACCUUUCUAACAAGUCAACAGAACGACUCUCUAUCACUAAUAUAUCUACACUCAUGCUUUGCUGUUCCACAAUGCUUACAACUUCCUACCCUGUUCGGGUUAAGGUUCCCAUUAAGCCAUUAUUAAUGGUAGUUGAAAGAGUACUGAAUGUAGAUGGUUCCUUGCCACAAACCAUGUACCCAACUCUCACUGCAAUGCAACAAGAAUAUAUUUGCACUCAACUUCCUGUUCUACAUUCAUAUAGCCUGGAAAUUUUAUGUGAUAUUAUAAAGGAAGCACGCAGUCAACUGUUGCCACACACUGCGCAUAUUAUCCGACUUGUGACAGAAUAUCUCAGAAGGUGUGAAUUACCUGAACUUAGGAUAAAACUUUAUGGCCUCAUAAAAAUGAUGCUGAUGUCCAUGGGGGUUGGGAUGACAAUAUAUCUAGCUGAAGAUGUCAUAAGCAAUGCUUCCAUUGACUUGGAUUCAACCCGUGUUCAUGGUGGUGAAGCACAGCCUAUGAACAAGAAAAGGAAGCACGAAAAUGCAAUUUCAUUUCUUGAAAAUCAAUCUCAAAUUAUUUAUUCCCCCAAAAACCACGUUCCAGUUUCUGUGAAGAUUGCUGCACUUGGGGCACUAGAAACACUUCUAACUGUGGGAGGGGCGUUGAGAUCUGAGAGUUGGAGGUCAAAUGUAGACCAGCUUCUUAUCACUGUAGCUACAGAUGCUUGUAAAAACGGAUGGGCAAAAGAAGCAAAUGACGUUUAUACCCCUAGUUGGGGUGAUUUUCAGCUUGCUUCUUUAAGGGCGCUUUUGGCAUCUCUUCUUUCCCCUGGACGUUUUCGCCCUGCGUAUCUGGCCCAGGGUCUCGAGCUUUUUCGUGGAGGCAUGCAAGAAACGGGAACGAAACUUGCAGAGUUUUGUGCACAUGCGUUAUUGAGUUUGGAAGUUUUGAUACAUCCGAGGGCCCUACCCUUGAUAGAUAUUGGAUCUUCUGUUGAAUACCCUGUUAAUGUUAAUGGAAUGAAAGAUAAGUUCAUGAAGAACAACAUAUAUUCCAGUGGUGUUACAGUUACAGGUGGCACCUCCAGAAAUGAAGCUGAGUCAGAAGAGGAUGAUCUGUAUGAAAAAUGGGUAAAAGAUGGUGAAAAUGAGAUAGAAAAGAACACAACAGAAAAUGCGGUUUCCAUUGAGGCAACAAUAAAUGUUCCUGAAGAUAAAGGAAAGGGAAUUUUGGUAGAGACACAGUCGGUUGAAGAAACGGCAUUGAAGAACAUGGAAACUGAGGUGGAGGUGGCGGUGGCCAAGGGUGUUUCUGGUGGUGGUGCCGCCAAUGAUGUGGUGGGAAGAAGGUUUGAAACGGUGGGUGGUUCAGAGGGAGGUGGGGAGUUUGUGUUUGCGUUAGGUGAUAAUGACAAUGAGGAUGCAGCAAUGGAUGAGAUUCCUGAUAUUGUAGAUGUGGAACCGGAUUCUGAUGAGGAAUAACAGAAUUAUGGUUUGGAAAUUUUGAUAGAGGUAACGUUUUAAAUAUAAUGAUAUGUUGCAAACGCAUAAAAAAAAAAGAAGAUGAAUUUGUAGAGUAAUCUGGUCAAAGUUGUAUGUGGUUUUGGAUGGUUAUUUUUGGUUAUGGAGUAGGAUUAAAGUUUUAUUUGAUUGCAAAUAACAAUGAGGUAAAAGUCAAAACUAAUGGUU